AUGGACACGAGAUAUGCUGAAUAUGAGGACAUUAUUGAAGAGGUCGGAGGUUUUGGCAGAUAUCAGAAAUGUUUGGUCGCUUUGUUGAUACCCGUGUCGAUUGUCUCAGCAUUUCAUCACAAUAUUAUUCAUUUUAAGCUAAUGCCUGACCAUUGGUGCGCUGUACCCGAAUUGGCCAACUUUUCGCACGGCGAACAGCACAGACUUAUACGGCCAGUGGUCAUUCAGGCGACCAACAGUGGCAUCAAUGGUCACCAACAACGAGCAGUACGAGACACUUGUCUAAUGUUUGACAUAGACUACCAACAGGUGCUCAAUGAGCUACGACUACCUCCCGUAAACCAAACUAAAUGUCACAAAAAGCUAUCGGUUAAGCCAUGCAAUAGGGGAUGGCUUUACGAUAGAAGUCAGUAUUGGGAUAGUUUUGUUAUGAAGUUUGAUAUUGUAUGCGAAAAUAGCCAUAAGUUCAAUGUUAUACCAUUUAUAAGAACAGUUGGAUCGAUAUGUGGUACUCCUCUGUUUGGAUUGAUUGCCGACUUAUGGACACCGGAAUCGCUUCAAUGGUUAAUAAUAAAAAACAAAUACAAUUUGGUUGAGACAACGUUUAAGCAAAUAAUGCAAAUAAAUAAUCAAUUAAUUGAUGAGGACUUACUUUCAAUGCAAGUUCAGAAAAUAGGAAAACCAGUUACAAGUGAUGAACCGGUAGAUGAAGAAGAGAUAUUGCAAGCAAUUAUACUAAAAGAGUCGCCACUGAAACGGAUCCACAAAUUAGUGAUAAAAUUUCUGAAAGAGACGACACUGUUUCAGACAUUAUUUAUAUUAUCACUCAGUUUUGUCAUCAAUUUCAUGAGUCAACAUAUCUUUAACAAACAUCGCUAUGUUUUCGCUAAACAGGAUAUACUUCUCAAUGAUAUCAUUUGGUCGUCGCUAAGAUUGCUGCCGAUACUCGUCACGUGGUUUUUGAUACAGAGACGCACCGGUAGACGACUGACAAACUCAUUGAUCAUUUCACUGAUAGGAGUGACAGUACUUAGCCUUUGGCCAACCAAUACUUCAGAGAUUAGAUUCUGGAUAUCACUGUUUGGCCAUUGGCCGCUACUCUUUCAUUGGCCAGACUAG